UCCGGCAACAUAAGUAUAUCGAAUCGGACAGGUGUUUGUAACACGGCGAAUUUCAACGAGAAAUAUCCAUCAUGAGAAAUCCAAUCCCUCCAUUUCGUUUGACAUCCAAUGAUGAAUUGGAUAAUCUGCAAGCAGGCGAUUCAACCAUUGACAUCACAGGGGUUGUAACUCGACUAGAUUCUAUCAGGAGGAGAGCCAGUGCAGCUCCUGCACGAGUACGACUAUUUCGUUGCAUUUUAUCGAACGAGAUGGGAAGACAUCUGAGAAUUUUAUUCUGGGAGGCCAAAGCCGACGAGUUUGAAGGUCAAGUCUAUAGACAAUCAACAUUAAAAGAGGUCGAGUGAUUCCAGCCAAUCCAAGCUACGUCGACCCAAAUGACAAUCUGAUGCUAAUUGAGAUAGCUAUCCAGAAAACCACGGUAGUGACAAUACUUGGGCCUUUUGAUCCACCACCAGUGGUUAUUGAGCCCCAGUACCAAGCUGUACAACUCGCGGAUGUUGAGAGAGUCCAGGGCCACGUCAGAUUGGACGUUUACAUAAAAGUGAAAAUCGAGCAACAAAGGGCAGGGAAUGGAGUAUAUGGUAGUGGAGCCAUAACUGACGGUUACUAUCGUAUCCCUGUUAAUGUUUCUGCAUUUGACGUCAAUUUUUCUCCUGAAGUGGGUACCCAUGUUCUUAUACAGGGUGAGCUACGCCGUAAUCAGUAUGGCAAACCUCUGAUCCAAAUCCAGGAUAUGGCUGGGAUUCAAGUAGUUGGAGAUCGAAUAAUGCCACCAGAAGAACUGCAAAAUGGGUUCAGGGUCCCUCCUGUGGAAGCUUCAGUUAUCAAUAAUGCACCCAUGGCUGUUCCGGCUGCUGCUAACCGUGCAAAAGUCGGACAACAUGCUGAUGCAGCGCCUGUUCCCAUUGCAGAGGCACCUGUACUUGAGAAGGUUGCAGGUCCUAUUGUGCCUGAGCCUGAGGAUGUCAUUAAUUCUCCUCCAAUUGAGAUAUCAUCUGAUGAUGAACGUGACCAUCAAGAGCAAGUAGAAGCAUCUACACCUCGCACCCCCAAUCGAUAUGGUGCAAAAACAUCCGAGGUCAUACCUCCCAGUAAUGAGGGAUUAAUCAAUCUCUAUGGUGCUGACGAGAAUUCGCCACCGACCGGUAUAAGUCAGGAGUCUCCUCGAGCUUCAAAAAUGAGCAUUUCUGCUAGGAAAAAGAUAUUUUUAUUGAAAGACGAUGAUGAAGUGCUGUCGAAAAGAGCUCGACAAAAUCUUGGAGACAUCGUUCAGAUGGCAGCCGGACGAAAACUGGAUGCUAUCGUCGCUGAUAGUAAAUUUGAGGAGUUUUCUGAUUGAUCGAUUAUCGAUUAAAACAAAAAUAAUGCAAGGGCAUUUUCAUUUUUUUAAUAUAAGAUUUUUUUAUUACGUUUAG